UGACGUCUCUAUGGCCUUCCGGCUGGAGGCUAGCAUUCUGGAGGACAGCUGGGGCUUGGCCUUUUCUAUGGUACAGUGGAUACAAUUCGUUAUGGCUACUCUGAGUGUUAUAGGUUCAAGUUCACUUAUUGCCUAUGCUGUAUUCCAGAAUAUACAGAAAUCUCCAGAGAUAAGGCCACUCUUUUAUAUGAGCUUUUCUGACCUCCUCCUGGGAAUAUGCUGGCUCACUGAGGCACUUCUCUAUGGAACUUCAGCAGCCAAUAAGGACAUUGUCUGCUAUAACUUGCAAACAGUUGGACAGAUAUUCUACAUUUCCUCAUUUCUUUACACCGUCAAUUACAUCUGGUAUCUAUACAAAGAGCUGAGGGUGAGACACAGCCAGAGUGGACAGAACACAUUUCCACUGGUUGUAGAUUAUACUUGUCAUGUUGGUCAAAUAGCCAUCAUUUUGUCAAGCCUGAUACCUCUGCUGUUGAUGACACCUGUAUUCUGUCUGGGCAAUGUCAGUGCAUGUUUCCACAACUUCAGCCAGAGCCACAGGUGUAUUCUGAUGUACUCACCACCGUCAGCCAUGGCUGAGCUGCCUUCUGCCAACACGUCAGUUUGUAGCACACUUUAUUUUUAUGGGAUCACCAUUUUCCUGACCAGCUUUCUCCUCAGCCUCCUCGCCAUUGUGGUCUUACUCAUCCAAGCCCAGUCCCUAUAUAAGAAGUUUGUGAAAUCUACUGGCUUUCUGGGGAGCAAACAGUGGGCAGUGAUUCACAUCAUGGAGCAGCGAGUGCGCUUCUACCCAGUGGCCUUCUUUUGCUGCUGGGGCCCAGCCGUCGUUCUGAUCAUUGUAAAGUUGACUAAGCUACAGAACAUGAAGCUCCACACGGCCCUCUGUGUCCUCCAGGCCGAGUGGUCGUGCCGAAUACCCAGGUUGUGCCCAAGCUCAUGGGCCAUGAGCGCUGCAAACAGGAGGACGUCUUCAUGAUAGAAGGAUUCAACAGCUGCCGCAAAGCCACUUGAACAGGCACCACUGAGAAAUGCCUGUCCCACAUCUCCUUCAGGACGAUGCCCAGCGAUCAUGUGGGCAACAUCGUGCUGCACACGAUGGCAGAGCUUCUCCUGUCUCCAGCUGUUGAAAUUCCUGAGUGUGACCUGCAAGUCCGCUGGGACUUCUGUGAGGUCCCCC